CGCCAUUGCGCAUGACAGUCAGUGCGGCCUUGCAGACUGAAGAGCGCUGCCAACAAAGGCCGAGUCGAUGGGGUUACAAAAAUUUCUUAAUUUGGACAUCUAAAAACCCUUUUGUUAUUGUAAUUAUAAUUUUAAAUAGGUUGUGAAUCUGUGAUUACGUUAAGAAAUGUGUGAAUGAUAUGAAUCGUGACGGCUAGCAAAGGAGUCAGCUGGUCCACAGUGCGAAUAGUGAAUAAGAAAUGGCGGCCUUGCCAGCAGGUGUUCAGUAUGCGUUAUCAUCGGAGUCUAGUUAUAAAGAAAACAAGGAACUAGUGUUUGUGAAAUUAACGGAUUCAGCAUUGAAAGCUAUAGAAGACUUCAUUAGAAAUAAUAGGGACAAAUUGGCAAAACCUAAAAUACAGUUCCUACCCGGAAAUGAAGGGAAAAUCUCCAUUCCGGCUCCAUCCAGUGGUAAUGGAUCAUCGGGUGAAUCCACGUUUCACUUCAGUAUCAAUAGCAAUGCUGAAAUGGAGGGUCCACAGGGUUCGUUCGAGUGCGUCAGGGGUGGGGGCGCGAGGCGCCUGGAGUCGUGCGGGCCGCUGCCGCGAAGAAUGCGCGUGCAAGCCAACGACGACUCGUACGAGGCGACCAAGGACCGAAUGUCCAGGACUAUCGCCGCGGAGCAGAGCAAAUGCACCCGCGUCAUUAAACCUAAUCAAACGGAUAUAGGUCGACGUGUUAAAGUGCGCUCAACACACCCUACGUACUCAAAUGGGCCUGCAGCUCAGUUGGCUGAACGGCUCGAAAGGGCCGAAAGGCCAGAGCGCCCCGAUAGACCCGAACGACCGGAAAGGCCUGAGAGGCCGGAACGACCUGAACGGCAAGAACGGCAAGAACGGCCUGAACGAGCAGAAAGACCCGAGAGACAAGAUCGGCCCGAACGGCCAGAACGGCCUGAAAGACCAGAACGGCCGGAACGGCCUGAGAGACCCGAACGGCAAGAACGGCCAGAGCGGCAAGAACGGCCAGAGCGGCCUGAGCGGCCUGAGCGGCCUGAGCGGCAAGAACGGCCCGAGCGACCAGAAAGGGCUGAGCGCCCCGAACGGUCGGAAAGACCUGAACGGAUGGAGCGUGUAGAAAGGCCGGCGGUCGCACCUCCUGCGAGUCGCCCGCAACCUACUGCGUCCGCGCACCCGCACCCCCAGCCCCAGCAGCACCCGCAACCACACCCCCAUCAACCGCAACGGCCUCCCCCCAAUCCAGACCUUACUAGGCGACCUUUAAAAGAAAGACUUAUACAAUUAUUAGCACUGAAACCCUUCAAGAAGCCCGAACUAUACGCGAGACUCAUGAGUGAGGGCCUCAAAGAAAAGGAACGUAGUAUGGUGAACAAGAUCCUGCCAGAGAUCGGCACGCUCAAGGACAACUGUUACCACUUACGUAGGCACGUAUGGAACGACGUCAACGAAGAUUGGCCAUUCUAUACGGAGGAAGAAAAACGUUUGCUCAAGAGGCGGAAACCUCAAAAUCUAACGCCGCCGCUCAGCAGCGACUCCGCGAACUCGCUGUCGCCGCGCGCGUCGCCGGGCGCCAGCAAGCGCGCGGGCGCCAGCGCCGACGACGCGCCCGCCGCCGUCAAGAAGCAGCGCAUCUCGCACUACCGCCGGCCCUCGCCGCCCUCCUCCGGGUACGCCACCACCUCCUCCGGCGAGCGCCACACCUCCGACAACGAGGACGACCGCACCACGGUUAAAAAGGACAAUGGUUACACUCUCAACUUUACUACCGUGAAGGAUCUCUGUCCCAGUCCUGUGAAGGCGAACGGCUUUAGUAGAAGUAGUCCUCCUGUAGAGCAAACUAGUAUCACAGUAAAAGACAUCACAAAUACGGAACCUUUAGAAAAUACAGCUUUAACGUCUGUGCCUGAAGAAAACAUGACUGAUUUGGUAGACAUUGAAAGACAAUAUCCGCCAAUAACGAGCUCGAGCACGCGGCGCGCGUACAAGAACGAGUUCGCGACGCUGUACACGGAGUACCAGUCGCUGUACGAGCGCGUCGCGCAGGUCGCCGCGCUCUUCACGCAGCUCGAGCACCAGCUCAAGUGCGCCGAGCCCAAGUCGCCGCAGCACCGGAGCAUAGAGCAGCGCAUAGUGGAGGAGUACCAGCGCAUGCGCAACGACGUAGCCUACCAACGGGACAGGCGGCGCGUUAACUACCUGCAUCGGAAACUUAACCACAUCAAGCGGAUGGUACACCAGUACGACCAACUGCGCAACCUGAAGCCGGAGCGCGUGUCGGCGGCCAGCACGACGCAGGCGUACUGACCCGCGCGCGGCCUCUAGUACAGCCGCGCGCGCCCCGCGCCGCCGGCCCGCCGCGCGUGCCGUGCGCACCGGACGUUCAGUGCGGGCCGGACGGGCAGUGCGCGCCGGGCCUUCGGUGCGAGCCGGACGUGCAGUGCGAGCCGGCCGUUCAGUGCUAGCCGGACGUUCAGUGCGAGCCAAAUUGCAGUAUUGUAAAUGUGUGUAUUUUUAAAACGAAGGUUAGGCUUAAGAUUUCUGUUAUCGAGAUUCCUAUUGAUGCCUUAUUCGAUCUGAAUUCUGAACUCGAACGUACCAGACGAUUGUGAGAUAUGUCUUUAGAUGUUAUAUAUUAUACGGAUCGGACGACCGAAGUUUUAUAUGUGAGAGAUGUAUUGUACACACAUAAGCGUUCUGCCAAUUUGGUAUUGUAAGUAUUGUUGUUUGGUCAAAAUAUAUUUAGUUAAAAUUGUUAUAUUGCAGCUGAAUGUUUUUAAUUUUACGGUUCUUCCAUUAUUUUAUAAAAAGGAAACGAUUGAUUUGAAAUGACGAAUCGAGACACCGAGCGGAGGUAUAGAUCUUCGCCUUACCGGAUAUGAGGGCCCAUAUUGAAUUAUAAGAAAACAUUUAUAAACCUAGCUAAUUAUAUUAUUACAUAUUUUCGGACAUUAACUGUAUUUAAUGUAUAUCAAACUUUAUUUUUUUACCAAUUCCUUGUGUAUUUCUGCUUUAAUUACUUUCCCCUUCGGAUAAUGUAAUUUCAUGUUAAUAAGAUUAUUGAUUAUAGCAGAAAUAUACAAAAUAAGGUUAAUAAUAUUGUACCAUAAUGUUAUUUGCUAUUGUUAGUAGUGAAGGAUCUUGACGAUUGCGAGCGACGGUUCAACGUUAUAUAGGUCCUUAACUUUGUUUUUUAUCAAUUGGUUUUUAUAGUGUAAAUAACUGAAAACGUAUAUAUUUUAAUAACAAAUAAGUACAUAAUAGUCCAAUAGUAGAUGAUUGUUCGUCCACAUUUUAUUCCACACGAAAAAUAUUGCCGUCUGAUGUUAUUGUUGUCCAAAUGAAUUUCGCUUAUAAAGUUGCCAUCGUUGACCCUCGAUAUCAUUUCGUUUUUAAAUCGCCUUUAAAAGGAUGGAUCGAUUGUGAAUCACUGCAAUUUUAAUGUCAAUUUAAAGGACUUUUGACCUUUAAAAAUUCUAAAAUAAAAACACUGUCGAUUAUAUUUUUGACGCGAUUACGUCCCUCUUGCUUCUAAACAAUCCAUCCAUUUUUUAAUGUUGGACGUUCAUUUUGUACGCGUCUUGCCCAGCUUGCAUGUUGUAUAUAGUAACAUAUAGAAAGAUAUAUCAUGUUCUUGUUAAAUUUUACUAUGGGUAGUGUAAUAUUUUCAGUUUUUUUUUCGUCUUUAUUAAUAAUAUAAUUACACAUAUUAUUAUUAUAUUAAUAUUUGUUCAAUUGUUUUGACUCGGUCGUGUCAUUGACGUCGAUAAAGAUCUUGGAAAUAUCUCAAUGGCUUUAAAUAAAUCACUCAUUGAUGUCACAAAGUAAACUCAAACGAGAUCGACGAUUAGUAUUAAAGGACAAGCGGAAGUGACACGACCGAGAUUGAAUACGUAAAUGUGGUCAUAGUUUUUGCCAAAAUUAUAAAUACAUUUUAUAUUUAAUUAGUUUUUAAUUGCUAAAAAAAACGUCUCGAGUUAGCAACAACCGGCCAGUGUUGAACAUCCACUAGAAAUAAGGAAAUAUUCUGGUCCUCUUCAGAAUAACCCUCCAAAUCACAAUAAAAAAAAAUGUAGUUAUUUUAGUCUGCAUUGGGUUCUUUGACAUUUGGAGCAUUUUACCUCAAUAUUAUGAUUUAAAUUCUUUGACUUCGUUAAAAAAAAAACAAUUAGCAUUAUAUAGCAAAUUUUAGUCUUAACAAUAAGUUCAAACAAACAUAAAACUAUUAAUUUAUUUUUGUUUUCGAGUUAAAGCUCCGUCGUAAGCCCAGUGUAAGAAAAGCCGUCUUUCGUAUUUUGUCCUAAAACUAACGUCCAUAUUUUUGAAAAUGAUUUAGCGUUAAGUAAUUCUGAUUUAAUCAAUGAAAGAUAACUAGUUUUUUGUGAGUCCACUAUAAUCCAACUCGUCAUCCAUUUGCUGCAAAUUCAUCAUAUUAAAACGUUUAUUAUGGAACCGUAAAGACCGAUGACAUCAUCAUUAUUUAAACUUCCCAAUUGUCCAAGUAAAUCUUUAAGAGAAAACAUUAGUAAUAAAAUUAAAUUAAUAUUGUUUAUGAAUUGACUACAUUUUCAACUAAAUUGUCUCAAUGCAGUUUCAUAUCAAUAUUACCUUAAUUUUUUAGCGUCGAAUUGUUUCCAGAUAAUGUUUAUAAAUACUUAUUUGUUAUGAAUUCGUAUUUAAUAUAUAUUUUCUAAUAUAUAAUACUAGCGUAAUAAAUUGAUGUAGGUUUACGAAACCAUGUUAAUUGAUGAUGUUGUUUCAGUUCAUUUUUGUCAAUUAAUAUAUAAAACGGCGUUGCUCUUUCAUUAUGUUUUUGUCGAAACGAAUACAGUCAAUUGUUUUGUACGUAACGACACCGUGUCUACUCGGCGUCGGGUAAUCGGUCAAUUCGUAUGCAAGUGCCCUUUGUUUGCUCACGCGGUUAAUUUAUCACUUUACUCAUUAAAAUGCUCAAUAUUAUGGUCAUGAUAUUAGAUAAUUAAAAUUCGCUUCUGAAUCUUUAUUUUUACUUUUCACUAUUUAUUGUUUUUAAUUACUCUAUAUUAUUUUCACUCAAAAUUUUUUUUCUAUGUGUCAGUGAAUUUAUCAUGCCAUUUAUUGGUUUUGACGUGUCAAAGAACAACGUGAAACUACUUGCCCGUCAUGUUUUGACGUUUUGAACAUGCACGAACAUCACAAAUAGGAAAAUCAAAACAAUUCACUUGUGAACGACCAUCUUUUAUUUAAAUUUGAUUUACGGCUCUGGAUGCAAGUCCUUUAAUGCCUUAAAGUUAACAAUAUGUAUCAUUUUUUAAACAAAACCGUUAAAAAGUUAUCGUUACCAGUAGUUUAAGCAACGAUUGUUUUAUUAUAAUAUAUAAAUACUGUAAAAUACUUGUAAUCAUUUGUUCCCUCGAGAGUUGGUAAUAUACUUGUGUUUAAAACGAAACUGUUAUGAUUAAAGUGGACAUUGUGAAUAUGCAUUCCAUUCAUCUCGAGUUUUUGUUUAGCACUGUUCAUUGAUGCACUUACUUAUUGAUUUACUAAAUAAUUACUACUCAUUCAUAAACAAUAGUGUCGAUAGAUUAUUAUAUAUUCUAAAUAGAUGUAUAAGAAUACAGACUUAUGGCGUUUGCCGUGUGAUGAUAUAUAAGAGUGCAUCAAUUAUAUAAUGCUACGUUCAUAUUCAGCACACAGCACCGGGGAGUGUGCAACGCGAGAAUGUAAACACUCAUCUUCGACGCUUCAACGAAAGUUCAUUAGGAAGCUAACGCGGUUAUGGGCUGAACGUGAACGUGGUAUUACGUACAAUGUGCAGACCACUAUAAAGAGUAAAUAAAUUUUAUAUAGAAAGAUGAUAUAUCCCUUUCUCAUUUAAACGAUAUCUAAAAUACUGUCACAAAGGGAGUUAUAAAAAUGUCAAACGUUGCUCGAUUGUUACCGAAUAAGUUAUUAGAAGGUUGGACAGAAAUAUUUGUAUUUUGUCAUGUUUAUACGAAUGAUAAUAUCUCAAUGAAAUAUCAUAGCCCAUUGUACAGAGUAGGCGAUAUAUAGAGUCUAGUAACGUCAAACUUUUCUUAAAUCCUAGUUAGUGAUAUAUUUGUAAUACUAAUUCCCAAAUGUAUAUUGAUAUAUGACACGUGACGAACGCGUCACGAUAUUUGUUUCGCGUUAUAACAUUUGCCUUAAAUUCGUUUUAAUUAAGUAGGUCGCGAGUCAAUCAGGUUGUGUUAACCCCAUUAGUAAUCAUAACAAUGAAUUUUUGGCCUAUUUAAUUCAUAUAUUUAUUAUAUAUAUGUAAUCUAUUGUAAUCGGUUGCGCGUUUAUCACGUGUCAAAUAUAACAAGUUAUACUUAACAUAGCUGAUAUUAUAGCGGCUUAAGGCGGGCGUUACGUGAAGAUCCUUACCUUACAUAUUUUUUUAGAUGUAGAUGUUUGAGUUUGCGUAUUCUGAUCAAACGUUAUUGUAAAUUUGCUGUACAUUAAAGAAAAAAAAAUGGCCGCGGUCGCGCUUAGGGCCCGACGGCGAUCUCGCAAGACUGUCGAUUUACCGAACAACUUAAAUACUAUGUAUUAUGUCAAUGUAAAUAAAGUACGAAUUAGACAUUAGACGCGUUAAGGAAUGUAAUCGUAGUGUUUUUAUUUUUAUGAAUCGCGAAUUGUAUAGGACGGGAAAGUAAAUGAAUAUAUAUAUAGGCGAAGUGUUAGUGUGUCGGUACGGGCCAAAGGCUCGGCGGCGGCCGAAACGAUGCUGCGAUAUUCCUUGUGCCCCUCGAAAUAUCAGUGCAUUAUAUAUGAGUCAAGAUGUAUAGACGAUGCGGUAGUGUUAUUGUGUAUAGAAGUGUUUAUACAAGCUCGAGUCAGGCGGAGGAGAAACCGAUUCUUGCCAGCCGGUUCGAGCGAACGACGACUAGCUAUGAAUCCUGACAUCGGCUCACGUUAAUUAGCUUUUAAAUAUUUCAUCAAAAUAUAAAAUACACAAAAAAAAAAUGGAUAUAAAUUUCUCGACCAAGUGCUGGUUGUUUUUAAAUUAUUAAAAUGUAAAAAAAAUUAGAUUAUAAACAAAGUAUAGGUACAAUUUAUGAAUUAUACUUUUCUUUUCGGCAUUUCGUGUAACAGUGGAAGGGACUUAGCUUUUUUGCUACUCAGAAAUCGACUAUAUUAUUAUAUACAGUUGUUUUAAGUUAGAGCAUUCAUCGAAGCACUCGUUGAAGCAACCUUUGUGUUGAAUGUUCCUUUUGUGAUUUCUUUUGCUCACGUUCUCUUCCAUUGCUUAUAUUUUUGUUUCGCCAACUGUCUAAUUGUAUAAUAUGAUUUUGUUAAGGCAGGGUAAUGCAGAAAUGAGAAGAGGUACUUUUUUAUUUUAAAAAUAGAAUGAGAAUUUGUUUGAAUGUUUCAAUUGAGUUGAUUUAAUCCAUUCAAUGGAAUAUGUAUUGUUAUGAAAGGAGCAAGAGUUUGUUGUUUUUUUUUUUUUUUUAAUUAAGUCAUUAUCGAUUUCGAAGAUUAAUGAGGCAGCGAUUAGUUAAUUACAAUUGUCAAGUUACCACACAAACAAUAGUCAGGUGUAAGCUCUCUUUGGCGUUGUCUUUCGAAUUCCCUACGACUUAAAGCCCAGAGCCGAUAUAGUCCAUGUGGAAGAUCAGACUCAAUUUUACAUCACACAGUACAUGAGCUGAAGAGAGAUUGUGAAGAGUAUUGUUAUAAAAGGUACCUAUUCAAAAUCUGGAUAAACAGACUAACUUGUCCUAGUUCGGAUAGUGUUGCUGCAAUAUGCAUUUAUGCCAUCUUCGUUUGAAUUAUGGGAUCAGUGCCAAAACUUUCUCCUUCUUGUUUAGCUCAAAAAUAUGCAAUUGUUAGCAUGCUUGAUGUAACAGCUGAGUUAAUUGUUUAGUUAGUCUGCCAUUUUGUGAAUAUUUUGUUUUGAUAGUAAUAUGUAAAUCUUUUAUAAUAUAUUUGUUUACAAUAAAUAAAUGACAACAUUAUAAAUAAAUGAAAUUGUAUUUUCCAUUUAAACUGAAGAAAAAAAUAUAAAAAGAAUAAUAUGCAAUGA